GCGUCCCUGGUUGUCAGCUGUUAUUCGCCAACCGCCCGCGAGAUUGCGUCCGAAAUUAGGAUGCGGAGUUCCCUAAGAUUGCACUGAGUCAACAGUUCCUGCCAACGAUGUUCGUGCGGCUCUGGGUCCGCAGCUUCCACAUAUAUGAUCUUCUCAUCGCCAUCGGCCUAAUCACGCUCAUCGUUUACCUGUGCCUGCCCUUCCGGUUCGCAUCGCAUUACGACUACAUCGAGGAAUCGAAGAUUGAGGAGGCUCUGGUGCCGCAGGUGACCCGAAAUGUCUCCCUGCAGGAGGCGUUCGAAUGCACCUACUCGGAGAUCAUCGCCGAGAACAGGUUCGUUUACCAUCUCGCCCACUACCACGGAGCGGUGCAGCGGGGCGCGGAGAUUCGUCCGGGCGGCGAAUUCCGUCCAGAAGGAUGUCAGGCUCGCUACAGCACGGCCAUCAUUGUGCCAUACAGGCAGCGCGAGGAGCAGCUGCACGCCUUUCUCACCUACAUGCACAAUUACCUGCCGCAGCAGCUGAUCCACUAUCGGAUUUUCCUGGUCGAACAGUUCGAUCAUAAGCCCUUCAACAGGGCAAUGCUCUUUAACAUUGGCGCCCAGGUGGCUGCGGAGUAUGGAUUUCCCUGCCUGAUCCUUCACGACGUGGACCUUCUGCCAUUGAACUCGGGCCAGAUGUAUGCCUGCUCAGAGCGUCCACGGCACAUGUGCUCUGCCCUGGAUCACUGGCGAUUCCGGCUGCCCUACCGCGGUCUCUUCGGCGGCGUGGUGGCCAUCAACACUGUCCAGUACCAGCAGAUCAAUGGUAUGUCCAAUCUGUAUCAUGGCUGGGGCGGAGAGGACGAUGACCUCUAUGAACGCCUGCAGGCCCUGAACAUCGACAUUUGCCGAUUCGCAAUGGAGUUUAGUGAGUACACCAUGCUGAAGCACAAGCCGGAGCGGCCGAAUGCCAACCGGGUGGCGCUCCUGAGAUCGGCAACUCUGCGCCAGCACUCGGAUGGACUCAACUCACUGGUGUACACGGAACUGGAGCGACGAAUGCACAGUCUGUUUACGCACAUCCUGGUGGACACCUGAGUGCCAGUAUUUGUUAUAUUUAGCUUGUAGGCCAAUCGUUUUCGUAGUCGGUAUCUCGAAGUGUUUUACACUUGGCUGCACUUCGCUUCGCAACCGAUUAGUUGCCGCCUUAGACAAUGCGUUCCAAGUCGAUCGUGAUAUCUCCACUCACUAGGCUAAGAUGCUGGACAGGAAGAAAGGAGUCGAAGCUGUAAUUGAAGUACAAUGCAGAAGCAUCAGAUGAAGCGGAUAUCGCCAUGUUAAGCACGCUCUGCCUCUGCCAAUAAAAGAUGUAUUAAAUAAUA